AUGACGCUAGACUGUGUUUCACCUGUGCUCGAAGAGUUGGGCGUCUGCCCAGCUCUCGUGUUGGGCAGCCUACAUGGUAUCGUGCCCGUCCGUGUCGCCUGCGCGGACUCUCAGUCCGAUGCUGGAACCUACUCCCAGGCUGGCAGCCGCGCCACCUACCAAUUCAACUCGACGUUUGCGUUGACUCACUCUACGCCCGGCUACCAGUCCGUUGCCAACUCCAUUUUCCAGUACGAUAUUUGCGCCGGCCACCAAUCCGACGCCGGCGACGACGCCCAGUACGAUGCCUUCGCCGGCUCCCAGUCCAACGGUAGCGCCGCUCUCAAGCCCGACGUCUGCGCCGACCCCCUGUCCGACGGCUGCACCAUCCCCAGUCCGACGCAUGCGCUAUCUCCCACCAAAUGCGAGUACACAUACGACCACAUUUCGAAUGAAGCAUUCCCCCGCAGCGAGCUGCAGCAGCGGACUCUGCUCCCGAUGCCGCCGUUGGCCCUGCAGAGGUGGCGGGCGGGCUCGGCGCCAGCGGCCCGUCCGCGGGCGCCCCGGGCGGGGGCGCUCUGCUGGCGGCGCUGCAGCUCAGCGCGGCGCCGCCGGAGGGGCAGCCGCGGCUCUCGGGGACGAGCCUGCUCGUCGUGGGGCUCCUGCUGCUGGCCUCGUGCGCCUCGUGGCUGUGGUGCUUCGCGCGGUUCGCCAGGAGUGAGCCCGAGGACAAGCAGCAGGUGGCCGCCUGGAAGCCCCCGCGAAAGCGCAGAGCUGGCUUCUCCUGCGCCCAGCCCCGAAGGGAGGCCGGGAGAGCAUGGUCUCAGCAUGAAGGAAACGCGCCCUUGA